AUGAGCUGCUGGUCCUUGCUUCUGAUGCAGGGGCGGUUGACUGGGGCCGCUCUGGAGGUGUCGACUGCCGUGGAGCGACAGUUUCAGCGGCAACUGCGCCGCAGCGCGAGCUGUUUGCCGCUGCCGCGGGGGAGUGUGGGUGGGAGUCUGUUGCGCAGCGGCGACGCCUGCGCGGCGGGCAACCCGCGCGUCAAGGGCGGCCGCUUGGCAAAAGCUCUCCUCCUCUCGCGCGCGUACAGCAAAAGCUCUCCUCCUCUCGCGCGCAAACAGCAACAAAACUCAAAACAGCAGCAGCAACAAAACUCAAAACAGCAGCAGCAACAAAACUCAAAACAGCAGCAGCAACAAAACUCAAAACAGCAGCAGCAACAAAACUCAAAACAGCAGCAGCAACAAAACUCAAAACAGCAGCAGCAACAAAACUCAAAACAGCAGCAGCAACAAAACUCAAAACAGCAGCAGCAACAAAACUCAAAACAGCAGCAGCAACAAAACUCAAAACAGCAGCAGCAACAAAACUCAAAACAGCAGCAGCAACAAAACUCAAAACAGCAGCAGCAACAAAACUCAAAACAGCAGCAGCAACAAAACUCAAAACAGCAGCAGCAACAAAACUCCUCUCACCAACAAAACAACGCCGUAAUAUUUCGAUCUGUACUUCUCUAA